CCUGGACAUAAGGAUUGGCAUGUGAAGUUGCUGCCAACUCAUGUGUCCAAGGCCUCAGUGUGGCGUCUCUACAUGAAGUCUGCUAAGGAGCUUGGUGAGCGUGCAGUUUGUAAAACCAGCUUCAAAGCAUUGUGGAACCGACUUCUCCCACACAUCAAAAAUUGCCGGCCGUGCACAGAUCUCUGCUGGCAGUGCCAAAGCAAUAACGAGCAGCUGAUACGAAGUGCAAACCUCCCAGAUGAUAGAAAGUCUGAAGCAGUAAAGAAGCAACAAGAUCAUCUUUCCCUUGUGCAGAAAGAGAGGGCUGUGUACAACGACAUGACUGCUGCCUGCAGAAAGAUUUGCUCUGGCUCUAACCUGUUUUUUGGACCGUUCCUACCAGCAAGCAAGAAGAUUAGGAUGCAUUACAGUUUUGAUUUUGCUCAGCAGUUACACUUUCCCUCAAACCCUCUCCAGCCAGGACCAAUGUACUUCCUGACCCCACGGAAAUGUGGCCUAUUUGGUGUUUCCUGUGAAGGGCUGCAGAAACAGGUGAAUUACCUGAUUGAUGAAGGCAUGUCAUCUACUAAGGGAAGCAAUGAAGUCAUCAGCUACAUGCAUCAUUUCUUCAGCAACUUUGGAGUUGGAGAAACAGAGGUGGAUCUUCAUUGUGACAACUGCAGUGGGCAGAACAAGAACAACUUCAUGCUCUGGUACCUUGCCUGGCAGGUUGGACAAAAGCUUCAUGAUAAAAUUGAAAUCCACUUCCUUAUUGCUGGCCACACCAAGUUUCCCCCUGACUGUGGCUUUGGACUCAUCAAGCAAGCCUACAUGAAGACAAGAGUCAACACAUUUUGGCAGACAUCGCUGAGGUUGUGGAAAACAGCUCUCCUGUGAGUCACCUCAAUAUUCCACAGCUUGUUGGAAUGGCAGAGGGCAAAGUUUUAGUCCAGACCUUCGACUGGCAGCAGCAUCUGACUCACCACUUCCGUAGACUCCCACAGAUCAAGAGUUAUCAGCACUUCAGCUUUGACGCUAAGAGACCAGGUGUGGUGCUUGCAAAAACUCACCGUGAUGCACAACCUGUCGAAUAUCAGCUACUGCGCAACGGAGCAGAUCUGCCCCCUAUCGACGGUCUUCCUGUCCUGGCCCCACCUGGACUGAACA